CACACAGCUGUUUUUUAAUGCCCGUUUAACUGCAGUAGGCUCCCAGCUGUAGUUUCACUUCAGACUAUUAUGAUUGCAUGAAAUGUGCUAAUAGUUUGGUACACAGAGUGCCAAAGCAAACCCCUUAUUUUGCUAGCAUUCAGUUUGCAUUUCACAUGAUAUUCACCUGAAAACAAUAAUAAGGAAAUAAAUAGUAAGAAGAGAAAAAUGCAGCAGGACUACACUUUUGACAAGGUUAUCUUUUGGCUAUGAUUAAGGUAAGAGGCAGAGUUCAUAUUUAUGUUUACAAUAUAGGAUUUAAACUUGUGUGUGUAUAUAGAAACCUUUCAAGUUUACUCUUUUUUUAUAUCGAUAAAAAAGUACAGAGAUGAUGAAAAUUACCAAAAACAGGAAGUAAAUAUAGACGGGGAACUUAGUGAUUUUCGCAAAGCACUGCUACUCAAGCGCCAUAAUUAUAUAAUAUUAUUAUUAUUAUUAUUAUUAUUAUUAUUAUUAUUAUUAUUAUUAUUAUUAUUAUUAUUAUUAUUAUGCAUUAGGAAAGAUAACCUACUGUAAAUAAUGUUAGAGCUGGUGUUGAGGAAAAUGAAUCAGUAAAACUAUUUGCCGCUCAUUUGCGCUACAUGCAUGAUUCUUCUGUAUGAAGUAUAGCCUCUGAAGAGGAUGUAUUCUUGGUGUAUACAUUUUUCUAGAAUAGACUGUUCCUGAUGAUCACAUUAGAACAUACUAAUAAAUUUAACUGAACAGAUUUUCCCCUCUUCAUGUAUUGAUCAUGGAAAUUGGAAUACUUAGUAUUCUUCUUGCAGUUAACAAAUACAUAAUAAAACUUAAGAAUGCACAAUAAUAGUUAAGCCCAACAUGUUUUAUAUAGCCCUGAUGAUUUUGGAUUCCAUUCAUUCACAACUGUCACAUGCUUUUGUUCUCAAUAAAUUACACAAUGUACAUAAGUAAAGAUUAUAUAAUCUAAGAUCAAAUGUUUGAUCAAAUGUAAGAUCAAAUGUGAUUAUUUGUGAUGAAAGUAUGCUCUUCAAUUUACAUCAAAUGUAAGAUCAAAUGUAAGAUCAAAUGUGAUUAUUUGUGAUGAAAGUAUGCUCUUCAAUGGCCUUAGUGAUAAAACAUCCAUAGCUAAAGAAGAGGCUAUUAACAUUUUACAAGAGGCUGUAGCUCUAAAGGAGCUGGAUCACAAGAUAAAAGUGUUUUAAAAUGUCCUGUGGGUGAUUCAAAUUGAGGAAGUGAGCCCUGUGCAGCUAAGCUGUGAAGAUAGCUAUAAUGUAGAGUUCCAGUACAUAUGUCAGCAGGAAUCAGUUGAUGUGAAACUUGAAACUUGGAAACUUGAAACAUUUUUUGUUAAUGUGGCAGACAUGACUGCUAUUAACACAGACACCUACAAAGAGCACUUAGUCCUGAGAACAGAGAUGACAGGUGUGUGGAAAAACUUGGAAAAAAUUAUUUAUUUAAUCUGUUAUAAAAAACAAACAUACAAAUAAAUUCAUUAAUUAAUAAAUAACAUUUAUUAAAUUAACAAUCUAGUCAAUUUGAUAUUAUAUGCUCUAGAGUAAUGUUUUGCAAGUAGCUAUGCUAUCGUAAAAAAAAUUGUUUUGUUUUGCUUUUUUUUUUUUUUUUUUUUUUUAACCAAAAACUAGAUUACUUUAUAAAAUUAGAUUACAUUCGACAAAAUGAAGUUUAGGCUCAACAAUAGACAUUGCCAUUUCUAGGAUAUGUCUAUAUGAGGGGCUUACAUCAUGUAUUCAAUUGCUUUGCCCUAUAUACGGGCUGCAUGUGUUCCUCACCAGAUGUUCUCCUAUUUUGCCUUGUGCUCUUUGCAGUCAUAGCACCCUGUUUCUGUUCCUGUCUUGCCUGGUUUGACCCUUUUUUUGUUCCUUAUUGCUGAUUCCUGCCUGAUUCUACAUACAUUAGCUCUCUUCCUGGUUCUGGAUGAAUGGACUGUUUAUUUACUUUGCUUUCUCACUGCCAUGCAUUGCUCUGUUUGCGUGUGUUCUGGAUAAUUGGACUUUUUUUUUUAUCUGUUUUGUGCCUGCCCUGCAUUUCACUUUUUUCUCCAUGUUGGAUUUUUUCAACUUUCAUGAUGCUGGUUUUAGCUCGCCCUGAUUUGCUCUGCUCACCAAGGUAUCAUAUUAUUGGACUGUCUGUGACAUUGAUGUGCUGUUUUUCCUGCCUAGCCCUUAGUCUCUGCCAUCCCUGACAUGCUAUAAUAAUUUGUUAAUCAAUUUUUUUUUCUAAAUGAGACUUUUAUACUAAAGCACAUUAAAUGUUUCACAAAUAUGGAUUAAGUUGGAUUGUAAUCAAUUUGUAUCUUGCAUAUAUUUCUAUACAAUGAAAGAAUUCCCAGGGAAGUGGGAUAUAACUGAAGAUAAAAUACAUGAAGAUUCACUUGAGUAUGUGUCAGUUGAGCAAAGAUAUAAUGAGACUUUAUCCAGCAAGACUUUAACCAAGGUAAAAUGUGAAAAUAUUUUAGACAUUAUUCUUUGAUAUCUGUUAUGUAAAAAUGUAUUUACCAGCAGUUCAGAAGCUUUAAGUUGGUUCAGUAAGUUUUGCUUCCUGUAUAACGUUUCAAUAACAAGGUUGCUGUAGAUAGAUAAACAAUAAAAUAAUUUAUGUAAAAAAAACAAUAUGGUAAUUUGUUUUAAAUGUUAAAUGUUAAAAGACAUUUUUUCAACAAGUUGGCAAUUAGUGUCAAGGUAUUUAUAUGUUCAACUACAAAAUGCUCAUUUGUCUAUUAGGACUAUAGAUUAUACCCCUGUUUCUUAUUUGUUCAUUUUAAAAAACACUAUAAGCAUUACCUUUUAUGUUUUACUUUGGCAUAGAAUGCGAGAAUUGAGAACAAGACAAUGUGGAAGCAUUUCUAAUUAGAUAUUCAAUUCAAUUCAAGUUUAUUUGUAUAGUGCUUUUUACAAUGGGCUUUGUCUCAAAGCAGAUUUACAGAACAUAAACAUAGAACAGAAGUUAAACAUCAGGAGAAAUACAAAGAAUUAAUAUAGUAAAAAAAAAAAAUUAAGAUAUAUAUAGUUCACAGUGUGUAUGUAUGUAUUUAUCCCCAAUGAGCAAGUCUGAGGUGACUCAGGCAGCAGUGGCAAGGAAAAACUCAUGAAAUGUGCUAAUAGUUUGGUACACAGAGUGCCAAAGCAAACCCCUUAUUUUGCUAGCAUUCAGUUUGCAUUUCACAUGAUAUUCACCUGAAAACAAUAAUAAGGAAAUAAAUAGUAAGAAGAGAAAAAUGCAGCAGGACUACACUUUUGACAAGGUUAUCUUUUGGCUAUGAUUAAGCUUGACCUGAUGAUCAACUACGCGGAGUGGAGACUGUUCUCUGCUUCUGCUUUUCAUCCAAAAUUCAGUGAAAUUGUGAGGUGACUUCUGGGCUUGGUGGAUUUUAUCCAUUUAGUUGGUCAGUGAAAAUAUGGGAAGUCUAAUAACCAAAGCAGCUGAUCAGCAACAUUUGUUAGAUGAUAGAGAUGAAGUCACACUCUUGGACGAGAUGUCUGUUGUGCUUAUGGGUCGUCAUGGAGUUGGGAAGAAUACAGUUGGGAAUGCUAUUCUUAAGAAGAAGGCCUUUAGAUCCAAAGAUAGCUCUAAAGACUACUACUUGAAGCAUGAAAACACAACAUUUGGCAGACAUAUUAUUGUGACACGUGUCCCUGGCUGGCAUGCCGAUUUAAACUCUGAAAAGAAUUUCCAACAUUGGCGAGUGAUUAAAGACAGCUUGUGGUCGGUUAAGGAAAAACCCCAUGCUAUUAUCCUAGUUGUUGAUAUGAACACUAAACCUGCAGACACAACAAAAGAGAAAUUAAAGCAACUCUUGGGUGAAAAUGUUUUACAUCAUAUUUUAAUCGUUUCAGUGAAUUCAAAAAACAUUGUGGUUUAUCACAGUGGGGGAAAAACAACCACCAUUCACAGGUGUAAAUAUCACUUAUUUUCAAGAUGUACAUGUGAAGAACAAAAUAUAAAAUUUAUUGAAACAAUUGAGUACUUUAUUGCAUAUAAGAAUGACCUUCGUUUCUACGACAUGCAGAAUAAGGCACCAAACCUUGAACUGCAAUUGCAGGAACAGGCUAAGCUAGUAGAUGGACUAAAACACAAAAUAUCAGUUCUCUCUUCCAGAAAUAAUGAAAUGAGUAAUGUAAUAACUUCACAAAAUGAUGAAAUAAAGCAACUAGAAUCUUUACUGAAAGAAAAAGAGAAGAUGCUGAGAGCCAAGAAGGAGAAGAUAGCAAGAUUAAAAUCAAAUCAAAAUCACACAGAGCUCUCUGCCUUGCAUAAAAGGAUUGAACAGCUUGAGAAUGAAGCAAAGGAAAAAGAUGAAGAGAUAGAAAAAUUGAAAAAAGAAAAUCAAGAACUGAAAAAACAGCAUGAAAGGAAAACAAAGGCAUCAUUCAUGAGUUGGCCGAAGAAGAAGGCUACUAAUUCAAUUGAAUUAGAAUUAUUGAUCCCAGCAGAAACAAUGGAUGGUGAAGCACAUCAAGACAGUGAAGUCGAAAGAGGUGUGCAAUUUGUGAAGAAAAACCGCAACGAGCUCAUAGCAAGAAUUGUGGCAGUGAUGCCCAUUGCUGAUGACCUGUUUCCAUUUAUUGGCCAACAUAAAUAUGACCUGAUUAAACAAGCUCCAAAUGGGUACGAUAAAAAUAGAGAGCUCUACGACAUAAUAGAUAAAGGUGGAACAACAUUACAAAAAGAGUUCUACAAAUCCCUUUUAAAGCAUGAGAAAUGUCUUGUAGAAGACUUAGAGGAGCUACCAAAAUAAAAAGUCAUAAUUUCUUUUCUGGGGAAACAAACAUACCAGUGAGAUCAACAACCACUUUAUUUGGAGAAAAUGGGAAAAUUGUGGAGGGAAAAACAAACAAACUUUAUCUAAGCAUGUCACUCAUUUUGUACCGCUUAUCCGAACUACCUCGGGUCACGGGGAGCCUGUGCCUAUCUCAGGCGUCAUCGGGCAUCAAGGCAGGAUACACCCUGGACGGAAUGCCAACCCAUCUCAGGGCACACACACACUCUCAUUCACUCACA